AUUGGUCACUAUGGUGCGGUAGAUGGCGACUUCCAAGUUGCGCGGGUAGUAGAUACGUUCUUCAUGUCUCUCCUAAAAUUAUAUAUCUGGGAACCAUGUCUGACCCCAACAACACUUUCCACUGGAUUGCCAACUCUUGCCAAGCUGCGAGACCACACAGCCUCCCCCAAUUACUGCCACAGAACGAUUUGACUGAGUAGCCAAGAGUUGACCUGUGGAAUCUAACCAUGUCUGCCACGUGGGCACAAUCGUACCGCACCUCAUGCGAGCGAUGCCGGUCGCAGAAAUUGAGGUGUGUCCCGUCUCUCAACGGGGAUUGCCAACGGUGCAUGCGCGCUCGAAUGCCUUGUGUGUUCAGCCGCCGAGCUCGCAGUGGACGCCAGCCGAAGAGGGUGAACCAUGCGGAAGGUACUCCACCUACCGAUUCAUCAGGAUCCAGCGCGGAUGAUCCUCUGGCGUCGAUCAUCCGUGUGGAUCCCCUGACAGAUCCUUCACUGGGCACGAUCUUCGCUGAGAACCUUCUUGAUCAUUCGGGAACUACACCAGUCCUACCUGUCCAUAUGCCGUAUCCGGGAUGGAAAGCAGGCUGGUGGUAUGCGUCUGAAUCGCCGGGCUCAGAUUUUGAUCUGGACAAAGCCGCAAACCUGUUAGAUCAGCAGAAUUUCGACCACGGCGACAUGAGCCACUCUAAGGCAGUGCCCAGCAUAUCCAGCUCAGACCCGUUAGGCGACAGCCAAACGUCAUCCGCUCAAGUUCACGGCCUCUCUUCGAUCCUAGUCGCAAUGACCAACUAUAAAGGUGACCUUCACUACUACCGCACAACAACCAUCGACUCAAAGCACAAUAGCAGCAGCAGCAUCUACGACUAUCCGAUCGGUGGGGCAACAUCCCUGGCACAGUCCCUCAGGGAGCUCGUAUCGAGGCAGACAUGGCAGCACAGCGAGAUUUCUCAUCAAAACCCCGCGCUGGAGAAAACAAUCGACACUCCCACACUGCUGCUGAUGCUUUCAUGCUACAUCUCACUGAUCAACAUCUACGACACAGUGAUCUGCGACCUGCAAAGGCUUUUAGCGCUUCUUCCCGCUGCAACGUUAUCAAGACCGGAAUCACAAUGGGGACUGCGACUCGGAGAUCUGCCGCUCACUAAUGAUGGAUGUGUACGCACACUAAAUGCCGUUCAGAUAUUGCUGGAUGCCUUAAAUGCCAUCGAGAACGAUCUUGAGCAUGUAAAAGACCUCAACGACAACAUGUUAGAGUCCUUGUUGAGAAGGGACAUCAGCACUGGUACGACAUUCGAGAAGGGGAUAAGUAGCGGUCUUCGGGUGAAGAUUGAACAGUUACAAGGCAAGUUAAAGCAUAAUUUAAAUUUAUAGUGGAUCAACUCUCUAGAUAAACACGAGAUGCGAUCUGGACGUUGGUAUCUUUGAACGUUUCAUGAUUCGAUGUGCCACAUGUCCAUGGGUUGGGAAUCAAGGUGAUAUGUAAAGUAACAAACACCACAAACGGCCUCCAUCUACUAUGUCCUUCCAACAUUCUAUGAUUCCACCGACCCUUUUCC